UAGGCCCCGGUGGGUCUUUAUAAGGGAUAGCCGUUGUAUAAACUGCAUGUGUAAGCCACACCAGCUAUUCACGGUGAACAAGUCGCUUACAAUGUGUGGACGAGUGGUCUUCCUUCUGUAUUUGCCAGCAAUAUGUUUCUCAUUUGCUGUGCUUUCCAAUGAUGGCAUUGGGACUCAACGUCGGCAGAAUCCGGAUGAGAUUGAUGAGAACUGGGUAAACACGACAAUUGUUUCGGAGGUUGGGGAUCCUUGCCUUACGCAGCUAGAACCCUGCCUGAAUCUCUUCCAACCUCUGCAACGCCUGGAUGGUCCACAAGACCUCGUUGUUGAUGGGGACCUCAAUAUACCAUGCGGGUCACAUAUCCAGGAGGAGAUCCGGGACUGCCUCGACGAUAACAGUGGAUGUAAGGACAACAUGUUCUACAUGUUAAUACAAGUAUCUCAGCAGGCGUGGGAUUUCAUUUGCCAACACAGCCAAGGAUUUAUAGCAGGGGAAGCCUGCUGGGCCUCUUCGGAUUUCCACACCACGAUCGCUGGGUGUGGCAAUUCUAGCCAACAAGAAGUGUGUAUGCCUACCUGCAUCAGAGACGUUGUGGCGAAGAUACCUGCUUGCACUGCAGAUGACGCCUCCCUGCUUGGUAACCUGUCGACAGUGUCGGAAGCCAUGAUCCCAAACUCGUCAUGCUAGAACAGUACACUCAUCCAUAGGUACAAGGGACCGGCCGUCUAAUCUUCAGAUGUUACCUACAGUAACAAGGGACCGGCCGUCUAAUCUUCAGAUGUUACCUACAGUAACAAGGGACCGACCGUUUUAUCUUCAGAUGCGCGUCGGAUACUUGGUCACGUUAAUUGCAAACAUCAUUUUAAUUCUGCUUAAUAAAGGAAUUAUCACAUC